AUGGACGAUGUCCACGCCAGCCCGCUCGAACGCGAUAACGAGCAGGUCGCGGCGGCAGCAAAGGCUACCAACAGCACCGGGGUGCGUCGGCGCAGGAUGAACGAAGUGUACCCGGUCAUGAAGAACACGAUCUACUCCGAUGGGGAGUGCGAGGUGGUGGUGGUGCUCACCUCGUGGGACUGCGGCAUGCGGUUCAUCCGCUACAUCAGCGACCUCUUCCAGUAUUUUGUGCGCAACCCCAAGGCGAUGGGACUCAUCUUCACCACGGUGAUUAUUCUCCUCUUUUUCAAGUAUGCACAGCAGGUUGUUGUAAAGGCGGUGAACGCCGCCGUGCGCGCGCACUCCGGGCUUGAGCCGACCGACACCAUCCGCAGCGCCUUCACGUCCUUCACAGAGGAGCUGCACGCUCUUGAGCGGGCUGCGCAGACCAUCGGCUGGGCCUACAUGCGAGAUUCGGUGGAAGGGUAUGACAUGGGCACCGCUGUUGUCACCGCCUUUUCUUCGCUCGUCAGAAACGUCCAACUGAGCCUCAUGGCCAACAUGAGGACAUGCGUCGUGCGCGCCUUCCCCGCGGCAGCCUCGACGGUCUUCACGAGUCGGCACUGGGGUCAGAUCGGUGGCACCCCCAAUGAAACCAACAGGUCCGUAUGCUUCUGCGUAUCCAAGGACAGCACAGUGAGGCAAUGGGACACGGUCUCGAACACCGGCGACGGCGGCCCCUUGAUGAGUAGAGCGUACGUCGAGCAGUGCAUGCCCGACCUGCUCUCAGUAGCGACCACGGCCACCAAGGGAAGCGCUCUGGCGGCAUCGGGUGGUGUGGACGCGGGCCUACAUGACAUGCAAUAUCUUCCCGCAAAAGGCUUGGCGCACGAUUAG